UUUGCAGCCUCUCGCUUCCGUCACAAGUGCGUUCAAUCUUCUCGUUGACCUCCUUCCACCUCCGUCAUGUUGAAUUUCUGUCAUCAUCAGCUCCUCCAUACACUCCAGACAGAACCUGGACAAAGGUUCUUAGGUAGCUCUUGUACCACGGCCAGAAGCCAAAGAACACUCCCUCAAAUAUGGAGUCAGUCAGUCAUCUAAACUGUAACAAUAAUGGCUAAUUACUGUGUUUCCCCCAGGGAAGUGUCAGCCGCCGAUGCUGACAACAUCAGCAGCUCCUAUUGGACAUCUGUGGUUGUCAUGCUGUUGAUGCCUGCGGGCUGUCAGGAGGUCAAACGUGUUUUUAGUUUCUUGGAUAAACACACCUUAUCCAGCACUCUAUCUUCCAGCGCCUCGAAGGAAGAAGAAAGCAACUGUUUAAGUUUGAUGAGGGAGAGACAUUCAAGAUGUGUAAGAUUAAAAACACCUUAUAAUCAUGUGUGAACAGGAAGUGCAGGGUAACUGAUACUGUGGUACCGUGUUCUGACAAGUAACACUGAGUCCAAGGAGUCUCUAUUAAUUUCAGAUAUUUGCUAUUUUUUGCAGAUGCUCAUCAUCUGGAAAAACCCUUUCUUUAAAACCUGCUGAAGCUAGGUGAUCAGACUCUCCCCACCCACAUGUAGUGUAUUGAAGAAAUCCUGGCUUAGGUCUUAGGUCUGAUAUACACUAACUUUUUUCCCCUCUCUUCUCCUCCUCCUCAUCCGCCUCUUCAACUUCCUGAUGUCUUGAGGAGAAGUGAAGUCCCAGCUGGAGCAUCUCUUCCUUGUCCUACCUCUUUUUUCCCCUUCUCGUCUGUCUGUUCCAUCUUUGCACUACUUUAAGGCCCGGGUCUGAAUAUGAACAGUCUGCGGUUUUGCCUCCUCCACUCUGUUUCUUUUCUCUCACAUGCAAAAUCUUCCCCCUCACAGUCUUGCUAUCAGACUGUAGGCUGAAGAGGCAGCUAUUUCCAGGGUGUAACAGGACUGUAGGGAGUCUCUGAGUAAUGAACGAAGAAGAAAACGUGGGAAUAAGCAAUGUUAUGACCUACAGUGCCCCCCAAAACGAGUCAGUCAGACUAUUUUAAAAGAACAAAAAAUGAGAAGGAAAUUUGACAAAAUGCAGUCGUUUCUCAUGAAUAACUGACAGACUGACUGGUGGAUGUAGAAUAUUUCCUUCGGGGCAUUAUCUAAUUAUCUUAUGUGUGUAAUUUUUCAUUUAGGCAGUGUUUUUACUGUCUGGGCAGUGGUAACAAAAUAAACCAGUUCAUCGUCCGACUAACCGUCUCAGUCAUGUAAACAGACUCGUUUACUUUGCAAAGUAAAGAAAGGCCUGUAGACAACAAAAUAUACCCACGAAUAAUUAGUUUAUCAACCUUAACUGUCAUUUACGAGUAAAACUGGUUUCAGUCCCGCCCUUCACAAACCUGCAUCCUAAGUGAUUCGAUUUUUUAAAUAGACCACAAUUUUGAACAAAUUUACAUUUAAUUUUAUUGUCACAGCAGAUGGGGCUGUAAACCUUAAAUAACUUUCUGUAAAAAUAGAACAUGGAGCGAGCAGAUCUAUUUUACAGAAUUUGACAUUUUGUCGUUUAACAUUGAACUAAAACAAAAUUCAGAUGCAGUAGAUGAAGAAUGAGUGGGCAGAAUGUAAAUGUUGUUGCUCUUCUCGGAUGAUUGUAACAUUUAAAACGGUGAGGAUUUUAGCAGUAAAUUCUCGUCUCAUCGGUCGUUACCAUGUGUAGUUACAGACCAGGUAUCACUGAGGAACAUUCCCUGAGUUUACUUUCAUGGAUUCAAACUCACAUCUGCUGCAACACUGAAGAUAAUCGAAGUCCAUUAAAGACACAUUUCUGAAGUUAAAAUUGCUUUUGAAAAUGGCGUCUUCUCCAGUUUCGGUGGACUGGAUUUAAAGCAAACACUCUCUGCCUGGAUCAUCAGUGUUUCUGAUGUGAUGUAAAACGCAGACCAACCUCCCAUCAUCACUUUCACACCUGCAGUUAAGACUCUGUGAAGGAAAGGUUGACCUUUUGAUUGACAGCCCUAAUGUUUAGAUCAUGUGUUUUCCUUGAAAGAGGUAAAGGACAGAGUAUUGAAAAAACAAUGAGUGGAAACUGGUGUGAAUUUCAGAUAAGUUGGUAAACAGAAAUGAUGAGACUUGAGGAGGUGCAUGGAGCCGGUCUGACCAGACUGAGUGGUUUGAGUAGGAGGAAUGUGGGCUAUUUCAUGCUACUACUGUCAUCUGUCAAUAGGCAGAACAGUCUUGGUGUGUGUGUGUGUUUAUUUUGUGCAUGUUGCUGUGUGUCUGUGCAUGAUAGAGAGCUGUGAGUAGGUGUAUUGCCGCGGGGAAAAACAAUUACCACACACCUACCAGCCACAAUUGCAGCUUACAGUACAUGGGCAGGAAACACGCACCACAGAAACUGUGAAGCUCCACCAGAACACAGUCACAUCCAGGACCAACCAUCAGAGAAAGGCCGAGGCCUCUGCCGAUGGCAUGUCAGUCAUCAUGGGAACCAGAGAGAGGGGAAAAACCUGUGUGCCUGAAGACCUGUCGUUGGAGGAGAGAGAUGAGCUGUCGAACAUACGGCGAAGGAAAAAGGAGCUCCUGGAUGAUAUUGAACGGCUGAAGUUUGAGAUCGCAGAGGUGAUGACUGAGAUCGAGCAGCUGACCUGUGUGGGGGAGAGCAAAGCCUCACAAAGAAACAAACAAGUCGCCAUGGGAAGAAAGAAAUUCAACAUGGACCCCAAAAAGGGGAUCCAGUUUCUUCUGGAGAACGAUCUUCUCCAGAACACCCCAGAAGACAUUGCACAGUUCCUCUACAAAGGAGAGGGGCUCAACAAAACGGUCAUCGGGGACUACUUGGGGGAACGCGACGACUUCAACAUCAAGGUUCUUCAGGCUUUUGUGGAGCUCCACGAGUUUGCAGACCUCAAUCUUGUGCAAGCUUUAAGGCAGUUUCUGUGGAGCUUCAGACUCCCGGGUGAAGCCCAGAAGAUUGAUCGUAUGAUGGAGGCGUUCGCCUCCAGGUACUGCCAAUGCAAUCCUGGCGUCUUCCAGUCCACAGACACCUGCUACGUCUUGUCAUUUGCCAUCAUCAUGCUGAACACCAGUCUACACAAUCCCAAUGUCAGGGACAAGCCCCCCGUGGAGCGUUUCAUCUCCAUGAACAGAGGCAUCAAUGAGGGGGGGGACCUCCCAGAGGAGCUACUCAGGAAUCUGUACGACAGCAUCAAGAGUGAACCCUUCAAGAUCCCAGAGGAUGAUGGGAAUGACCUGACGCACACGUUCUUCAACCCAGAUAGAGAAGGCUGGCUGCUGAAAUUAGGGGGUCGAGUAAAAACCUGGAAGAGGAGGUGGUUCAUUCUGACCGACAACUGUCUCUACUACUUUGAAUACACAACAGACAAGGAGCCCCGAGGGAUCAUUCCUCUGGAGAAUCUCAGCAUCAGGGAGGUGGAGGAGCCCAGGAAACCUAACUGUUUUGAGCUGUACAACCCCAACCAUAAAGGCCAGGUGAUUAAAGCCUGCAAGACGGAGGCCGACGGACGAGUUGUCGAGGGAAACCACGUGGUCUACAGGAUAUCAGCUCCUACACCAGAGGAGAAAGAAGAGUGGAUUAAAUCCAUUAACUGCUGGAGACUCUCCUCUGACAUUAUUUAUUCCAUGCCCUUUGAUUGGCUUCUUCUCCAGGGCCAGCAUCAGCAGAGACCCCUUCUACGACAUGCUGGCCACCAGGAAGAGACGCAUUGCUAACAAGAAGUGAAGUGAAGAAGGAGAAGGAGCAGCAUCAUCUAACCCACCUCCAGCUCCUCGUCGAUUCCUCCACAAUCAUGAACACUGACGCUCCUGCACAGCUGACUGACCACAGAUGUUACUUUGAACCUGGAGCGUUUUUUUUAUUAUUGAAUACAAACCAAGUUUACUUUUUUUUCCUGAAUUGUUCACAAGUCUGUGCACUGGGAGGGAAUUGGACAUCAGGCAGCACUGAGGUGAUGGAAAAACUCCUCAGUUAAGGACUUAUGAGGAGCAGCAAAUGAAAUUCAAUCAGUUUUCUCUCCUCCAUCUCAUACGUACACACUCCCCUACCUCCCCCUCAUGGUCAUUACAUGUUUCUAGGUCUCUCUAAAGUACAUCUGCCAUCUUUAGGAGGCAUGUGUGUGCAUGUUAGGUAUUAGGGGGAAAUGAACAGAGGAACACUGACCACUCUGGAUGGAUGUGGAAAGUACGUCUUUUCAGUACAACCUCACUUGAUCAUCUCACUCCGGUGCUGAAUUCUUCUCUCCAUGAAGCUCUGCUCACAAUAACCUCAGAAAACAGUACUGAAACACUUUUAGGUUCCUCCUGACGCGUGGACGGUCUCCACUCAGCUGGCCUGAUUUCAUUUGUUUGUUUCAAACAGAGAUUUUUCACAGUGUACAUACUUUAUUUUUUAUCUUUGCUUUUGUGACUUAAAGGUCAACGUUUGAAGUUGUAAUCGUCAAGGGUUGAUUGAAUUUGAUGACAUAGAAAAAUGAUCUUUUCCUUUCCUUGUGUUAUAUAUGCAGUUUGGUAGCUGGUCUGUACCAGCCUGUACAGGAAGUGUCUUUUGUUCUGCUUCAACGGAAACUUUUUUUUAAACUAAAAUGAAGGAAUCAGGACGGAUGUGUUGAGUAUAAAUUGCAUAAGUCUUAGGCAUGUACACAUAUAAUAAUAAGUCUAUGUGAAUAUUCCACCUAAGGAAAAUGGAAAACAUUUUCAAACCCACUUCAAAACUCUAGUUGCUGGAAAUUAGUGUUGAGUCCUGAUGACAAAAAGUUGAUAUUUUGGUUUGAAUGCCAAGCUGUAUGUCAGCAGUAAAUCAAAGUCAGGGCUCUGUCAUGGUUGGGGGCUACAUUUCAACCAGUGCUGACGGGGACCUUGUGCAGCUGAACCUGCCAUUCUGUCCUGAAGGAUUUCUAGUCCAUUCAACUGAAGUGUUUUUAUUUUUACAGGUGACGACAAUAGAAUGGCGUCAGACUUAAUGCACGACUGUUUACAUCGUUCAUUAUGUCAUGUUGUAAAUGAUGUUGAAUGAUUUAUGGUGAAGGUUGAGUCACAGUGAGAUCAUACACAACAGUGUAUGAUGUCAUGCUAACCCUUUGGUAGUGACUGUACUUGACUGCAUCAAAGGUUCCCUCUCAUUCCCAUCAUCACAUUAUAUUAAAGAGGUGGUUAUAGAAUGUAGGCAGGUUACAUUCUAUGACAUCACACCAUAUUUUAAUGACAUCAAACCGAAGGAGGUUCGAUGUCAUUAAAAUAUAAACUCACGGCCUUCACUUGAUGAAGUCUUAGACUCCGUUUUAUUCCCUGCAGGUUACCAGUCUAAUUAAGCUUUUCCAUCUGUGGCCCGUGUGAGUGAAGGUCCACGUGUUGUCAGUUGCCUGUUUGCAUUUGGUUUGUAAUUACACCCCCCGACCCCUCCAACCCCCCCAAAGAUUCUACCUAUACUUGCCUGCGUUUGUGUAAUCUCUACAUAGCAAUUAACCUUUAAUUUGUAUUUAUUUCUGACCUUGUGAGAUGUUUUCCGUGCUCCCUGUAAAUGUUAGACUCAUGUAGCGUUGGAUUAACUUAUAUAUGUACAGUAUAUAUAUAUAUAUAAAUAUAUAUAUAUACACACACAGAUGUACAGAUGUUUCUGCUCUGUUUGUCAUAUGCACUCCCCGUACCUAAUUAUUUGGCCGGGCUGAGGUUCAGAGAAGGUUUCGCCUUAAAUGAAUUUAUAUCUCGACAGUACAUUUGAUGAUACUGUUAAAAAGCCAUGAAAACCAUGGGUGAAAAAGAUGCUUUUAUUUAUUAUAUCAUGAUUUAGAUUUGAGUGAGGAUGAUGUUCAAAUUGAAGGAUAAUUAUUGUAAUAGUAGUUUUCUAUGUGAUUGUACAAUAAAAUAAAAGCCUCCAGGGCAGAUGAUUAUCUUCUAAUGCCCCGCGUGGGCAGAUAGUUAUGUUAUAACUUUUAUAUUCUCUGUUAAAUCUAUUGGUUGCGCUGUACAAUAAAUGUUAAUCUGCAUUAA